AAAACCACAAUGACUGGAUUGCCACGGAAAUUGCAACAAUAAUUUAAAUUUCUGCGUGAAAUAAUGAAUAUUUAUAUUUCUUGUGAGAAUCUUAAGCCUUCCAACACUGAAUAUAUCUUUGGCGGAAAAGGGAAGAGGGAAAAGCCGUUGGAUUUGGCCUCUAGAGUUCUUCCAAAAAAGUCCACUGAACUCUUUGUAAAUAACCACCACUUUAUUUACCAUCAAAUCUCUUAUUUUAAUUACAUUCUAAUUGAUUACAGCCUCAAAUAAAACAACUUCACCUUAUUUCGCUCCAUAUCACUUUUAUAUUAUAACAGAAUAUGUUCUUAAGUAUGUUAGUUUAAUGGUUAAAUAGUUUUAAACACUCGACACUGACAACAAUGACAUCACAAGAAGCCAUACUUAAAUAAAGAAGAGGGAAUAUUUUGUUUCUUCGUGUUUCUUUGGGUUUAUUCAAUGCAUAUCCACGCUUAGCCUGUCCUGACCUCACUCAUAAACUUGUUCAAAUUGUAAAAACAUUAGAGAUCAAAACUGUAAUGUAAUAGCACAGUCGGAUAUAAUAUUAUAUAAUGAUAAUAAUAUUUUUAACUAUCUCUGCAACUCGCAAUAACCGAUGAAAACAUCUAAAUAUUCAUUAGAGCUAAUGAACUAUAGAAGAAGACUACUUUUGACCAAAAAUCAAACAUCCUAUUAGGCUGAUCUAAGCGUUGUUAACUCAUAAAACACGAAAAACAAUCCCAGUAAGUACCGUACCCGGUAAUUUCUUAUCGUGUAAUCGGUGCAGAUAAGUUUUUCUUUUUCUUUUAAUAAGGCUAAGAAUCUAAUCAGUAGGUAAUUGUGAACACUGUAGUGAACACAGUCCGUGAAAUGUGUCUCUCUUUAAAUAAUUUCUGCUGUUGCAUCAGCCUGAGUACCGGAGCUAAAAUAGUUAGCGUUAUAAGCACAGCGGUUUCGGCAUCAAUAUUGGUCCUAUACGGAACCCCUGCUGUGUUGCAAAUGUUCAGUCUACCACCAGCGCGAGCAAUUUUCUACGGAGUCACAGCUGUAGCGGCGCUCUUUAAGACCAUAUUUGGAUGUAUGCUCAUCCACGGAACAUUUAGGGUAUUAUUACUAUGGAUCCUGUUACUCGCAAUAGCCGUCCAAACACAAAAAGUCGUGGAAAGCAAUGAAGAUCACGAUCUUUACUUUCAAAACGUAACAACUCUGUAUCCAGUCAUAAAUAAAACUGAACUUUAUAACAAAAGCAACGAAAGCGCUCUUCAAUUAAACAGAUGGAACAAACUAGGUGCAGUGUCGUGGAAAAUAGACGCUUCUUACGCCGAAUCAAAUUUAAAUGAUAAAGAUAACACAACUAACUGGACAAACUCAAGCGAUAUCAAAAAUAACAAAAUUAAUUUAAAAGAAAUUAAAUAUCAUAUUGCACAAAAUAAUAAUGCAGAUUCAAAAGAAGAAACAUUUCCAAAACAUUAUAUUGGUAAUCCACCGAAUUUAAUAAAUGCUAAAGAUAAUAUGAUGAAGGAAGUGAUAAAGGAAGGAAGUGAUGAAAAGUUUUUUAAAGAUGAUAAAGGAAGUGUCAAAGAGUUCAGGCCGAGUCAACCUCUGGGCACAUUUUUUGAUGAUGAUGAAUUUGUGACGGCCCCAUAUAAUGGUUAUAGCUCCAUUGGAAAUAAGCCUGAUUCAGUAUUCGUAAGUUCUCCGCCGGACUCCACAGGCCACAUUAUAAAACAUUCAGAAAGUCCAGAAUACCAAGCUUUUCCUUACAAAUUCGAAAGUCCAAUAUACGAAACAACGAAAGACACAUGGCACCCUGAUAACUUCGAAGCUAAACCAACAGCUGUUAUACCAUUUAAGGUUCCAGCUGGUGGAUUGUAUAAAUUGACUGAUCCUUUCCAAGAUCCAGUGAUCAGCAACGAGGACUUCGGAUUAACUGUUAAUGGAGAUCAUAAAGAAGAAUACCACGUGAUUAAAAGAGCUAAUCCCUGGAAAAAUCUGCUUCGUUUGGUCAAAGCGUUCAUCCCAGUUGGUCUGAUCAUCGCAGCACUCACCCCUAACGUCAUCACCAUAGAAAAUUCAGGACCAAGCAAUCAAAAUCCAAACAUCUACAGGCGUUCAGAAGCUGGGAUUCCAGAUGUAGCUCCGAUAAGCGAGCGAUGUCGCAGAAGACUCUUAUGCGAACUUCGUUCAGACAUCAACUACGUGAGCGACUCGAAUAAUUUUCGCGGAAUUGGAAAACAAUGUUACAAAAUCCACUGCGAGGACGCUCAUACCGUACAGAAGAUGCUAAACUGGCUCUUCAGCUACUACAGACCAGCGAAUGGCCAAAGCAGAACGAACUACACUUGACGACGCGGUUACUGUUUGAUGUUUUAUUGUUUUAUUUAUAUAAGUUUUUGGAACGAAGUUCCUUAUGGGACGAUGCGGAGCGGGUACCCUAACCGAGAAAAAACGUCCGUAACGUAAGAUUUUUAUUAUUUAUGUAUAAUCUUUGUAUGAUGGCUAUACAGUGUCUAAUGUAUAGUCUACGUGAUGACGGUUAUUAUUAUUAUUCAUAUAAAUAGCUAUUUCUUGAAUAAAAUAAAGUUGAUAACUUUGUAAA